AUGGCGAACAAUUCGAUGGCUCCAUUUCAAGUUCCUCUGCUGACCAAAGAUAAUUAUCACAAUUGGAGUGUUAGAAUGAAGACUUUGAUUGGCUGCUAUGAUGCUUGGGAGGUCGUAGAGAAAGGAAUUGGUGAACAUGAAGAUGAAGCAAAUUUGACUAAUGCCCAGAGAGAAGCAUUGAAGGAAACAAGGAAGAAAGACAAGAAGGCACCCUCAUCUGUCAAGCCUUGGAUGAUAGCACAUUUGAGAAGAGGAGUUGAUAAAGUAAAAAAGGUGGGGCUCCAAUGUAACAUCCCACAUCGACCAACAGAGAAGGAAUGA